AUGUCGAUUAUACUCAAGUGGCGCGAAUAUCGUUACGUUUAUGUUGCGGAUGCGGAAAAAAUGUUCCGUCAAAUUUUGAUAAACCCUAAGGAUCUUGAUUAUCAGAGAAUUUUGUGGCGAGAUUCUAAAGGGGAAUUACAGGCUUACCAAUUGUUAACAGUCACGUAUGGAACUGCUUGUGCUCCCUACCUAGCAAAUCGCGUAAUAAAACAGUUAGCUCAGGAUGAAGGUGACCGUUUUCCACUUGCUAAACCUAUUUUAAAAGAAAAUAUCUAUGUAGAUGCUGUGCCCUUUGGCGCUGAUGAUAUUCCUACAGCUAUUGAAACUAAAGUUCAAUUAUCACCAUUAAUGGAAAGUGGUGGCUUUCAUUUGCGUAAGUGGGUUGUUAAUGAUGAAGAAUUGUUAAAGGGUUGUGCCACUGGUAAACAUGAAUUAGCUUUGGAAUUUCAAUCUAAUGAGGAUAAUUCGCUUAAAGUUUUCGGGUUAAGUUGGAAUCCGAAAAUUGAUUCUUUUCAAAUAGGAGUCAAUUUAGAAACUAUUGAAUUUCCUACGAAGAGGACAGUUCUUUCUCUCAUAGCGAAGUUAUAUGAUCCUCUUGGUUGGAUAACCCCAGUAAUAGUCACGGCGAAGCUUUUUAUGCAAGAGCUUUGGUUGCGGAAGAUCGAUUGGGAUGAGACUUUGCCUUUAGAUUUGAAAAAACAAUGGUUUAAUUUUUAUCCUGAUUUAAUUAGUUUAAAGGAUAUUGUUAUUCCGCGUUGGAUAGGUUUAUAUAAGUCUAAUACAACGUGUGAGUUUCAUGGUUAUGCCGACGCUUCCAAUAGAGCUUACGCUGCUUGUAUUUAUAUGCGUUUAAUUAAUCAAUCAGGAAUGAUUCAGAUUUCUUUGAUUAUUGCAAAGUCCAAGGUUGCUCCGGUUACCCCAGUGAGUAUUCCCAGGUUGGAGUUGUGCGCUUGUGUGUUACUGGCCAAACUUUUUAAAUUUGUUCUAGAGAAUAUGAGCAGUAGUAAUGUGCCUUGCUUUUGUUAUACCGAUUCAAAUGUUGCUCUAGCGUGGUUAGCAAAGCAUCCAUCCACUUGGAAGACCUUUGUCGCGAACCGAGUAGUUUUAAUUAAUGAACUAAUUCCGAAAGCAAAAUGGCUUCAUGUUGCAACCAAGGACAAUCCAGCUGAUUGUGCCUCAAGAGGUUUAUUACCAAAUGAGAUUGGCAACUUUUCUUUGUGGUGGAAGGGACCAUCGUCGCUUUCUAGUCCAUAUAUUGAUGUUUUGAAAAGGGGUUCAAAGGAAUUAGUAACUACUAAUUUAGAAUUAAAAACGGUUAAAUCAACAUGCCUUCAAAGUACUCACAAGAAUGAUCAUUUUUUGUCCUUAAUAAGUCAAUUUCCGUCUUGGCCGAAAUUGCUACGCGUGAUUACUUAUUGCUUUCGGUUUAUAACAAAUUGCAAAGGCUCUAAGAUCACUAAUAAAUCGGAUUCUCUUUGUUUAAGUAACGUAGAGAUCGAUCAAGUACGUUUACGUUUAGUAAGAUUGUUACAGAGAGAAUAUUUUGAAAAGGAAAUAAAUUCUUUGAAUAAAAAUAAGACAAUUUUUGAUCGAUCAAGUAUUAAAAAUUUGAAUCCUUUUUUGGAUAAAACGGAAGUUUUGCGAGUGGGUGGACGUUUGCGUCACGCUCCAAUAGGAUAUGACGAAAGACAUCCUAUAAUUUUACCCAAACAUAAAUUCAGUGAAAUGAUAAUUUAUCAUGCUCAUAUACGAUGUUUGCACGGAGGCACACAAUUAACAAUGCACACUUUGCGUCAGAGUUAUUGGAUUAUUGGAGCAAGAUCCUUGGUUAAAACAAUUAUUAAAAAAUGUGUCAUAUGCGUACGCGAAAAAGCUGCGAUAACUCAGCAACUUAUGGGGGAUUUACCUGAAUUUCGAGUAACUCCAAGUCGUCCAUUCGCUCAUACCGUAGUGGAUUAUGCAGGCCCCUUUGAUGUCAAAACGAGUUCAGGAAGGGGUUACAAAAGUCAUAAAGCUUAUAUUGCGUUGUUUGUUUGUUGUUGUGUUCGCGCUGUUCAUCUCGAAUUAGUUUCCUAUUUAACUUCUAUCGCCUUUCUCGCUGCUUUUCAGCGUUUUGUAUCGCGACGAGGUAAACCUUCGCACAUGUAUAGCGAUAAUGGUAAAAAUUUCGUAGGAGCUGCGAAAGAAUUAAAGAGGCAUUUAAAGGAGUUGAGAUGCGAUAAUGAUUUGCGGAAUCUGCUGGCAGUCGAAGGUACGUCAUGGCAUUUUGUCCCACCUAACGCUCCCCACUUUGGUGGACUAUGGGAGGCGGGAGUUAAGAGUGUCAAAAUCCAUUUGCGUCGAAUUGUCGGAUUACAUAAAUUUACGUUCGAAGAAUUCUCUACUUUGCUCACUCGCAUAGAAGCGACUCUGAACUCGCGUCCAAUAGCUCCACUUUCCGAAAGUGUAGACGAUUUUUCUUAUCUUACACCGGGUCAUUUUUUAACUGGUACACCUAUAACAAGUAUACCUGAGCCGUCGCUAGAAUUUACUCCGGAAAAUAGAUUAAAUCGAUGGGAAACAAUUCAACGCAUUGCAGAAAUUUUUUGGAAAAAAUGGGCAAUUGAUUAUUUACAUACCUUACAGAAAAGAUAUAAAUGGUCUUCUCUUAAACCUAAUGUUUCUAUUGGAGAUUUAGUUUUAUUAAGACAAGAUGAUCUACCCCCUGCUCAUUGGCUUUUGGGACGAAUAAUUGAAUGUCAUACGGGACCAGAUAAUUUAAUUAGAGUUGUAAAAGUUAAAACUGCUCAUUCUGAAUUUGUACGUCCGAUUAGUAAAUUAUGUUUACUUCCUGUUAAAUCAGGCACAAAUGAUGAAAUUGUUUAA